AUGGCACACGCGAACCUCCUGACCCCGCCCUCGCGCAUCCCCCCGCAGACGGCCCUGCAGCUCUCCCAGAAGGCGCCCCUCGUCCUGUCCUCGGCGCCGACGUCCUCGCUGGCAUGGCCGCUGUCGCUCCUCUUCAGCCGCGAGACGCCCGAGACGUGGGCCAUACACGAGAACCUGCUGCUGGCCGCGCUGCGCACCGGCGACGAUGCCGCAGCCCGCCAGAUCCUCGACCGCUUGACCACGCGCUUCGGCGCCGACAACGAGCGCAUGGUUGCGCUGAAGGGCAUGUACGAGGAGGCACUGGCCAAGGACGACAAGGACCUGGAAAAGGUCUUCAACGACUACGAGAAGGUGCUUAAGGACGACCCCACCAACAUGAGCGUCAGGAAGAGGAGGAUUGCCGUGCUCAAGAGCCUGGGCCGGACCGCAGAUGCCAUCACGGCGUUGACAGUCUUGGUCGAGAACAGCCCCACCGAUGCCGAGGCCUGGGCCGAGUUGAGCGAGCUGUACGCGAGCACUGGCGCAUGGGGCCAGGCCAUCUUCUGCCUGGAGGAAGUCCUGUUGAUAAUGCCCAAUGCUUGGAGUGCACACGCCCAAGUCGCUACGCUUCACUACCUCUCAUCGUCUACUUCCGUCCCUGCAUUGACCCUAGCUCUGCGACACUUCGCUCGCGCCGUCGAGCUCAAUGACUCGUACCUUCGUGGCUACUACGGCUUGAAGCUUGUAUCUCAGAAGCUGCUUCCUUUGCUCUCUGAGUCCUCCGGUUCAAAACGAAACGCUGAAGAGGACGACAUUGCCCCGCCGAAGCCGCAGUCCGUGCAAAAGCUGGAAGAGAUUGCUACCGCCAAGCUCGGUGAGAUUGUGCGGCAAUACAGCGCAAGCAAGCAAGGCCAGAGCGGGUACUACGAGGCAGAGAUAAUAGCGGCGCGGGAGCUGCUCGAUCGGGAUGGCAGGGCGGAGCGGUGA